AAUCUGGCAUAUCUCCAAAUCUACAAAUCCCCUCAUCAAUAAAAUACUUCACGUCGCAUAUCCUUCAAAGGUUUAGAGUUUUGGGAAUACACUACAGGAACGUUGUCGCGCAUGGCUCUAUAGUCAUUUCAUAUUAUUCACUUAAUAUUUGAAAUAGCUCAAACGCGUCUUUCCUCUCAUCUAUUUACGCGUAGCAAUUCGAUUUUGAUCUCAACAUGGCACCCGAACAAUCCGCAUCACCGCCAGCGAGGCGAAGAACGGGUGCGAACAGAGAGAAUCAAUUUUUAUUUGACUUGGGAGUCAAGGGAAGGUCCGUUGCUGACUGUUCCUUUUUGCUUAUCUUUUGUUGACAGAUGAUUAGGAAAACUGGCGUUGAACUUCCGGAUACUGGAAUUCGCGAUGCAGAUGGUUUGGAGCCAAUGGAUGAUCUUUUCUCUCCAGAUAAACCGGAAAGUGUUAAGACGAGCAGAAGCGCAAAUGGAUCACAAAGGAACGCAAUGGAAGACGCGACAAUAUCUAGUGAGGAGGACAUGGAUAUGGAUGGCGAGAGUAUGUCUACACAAUCAGAAACCCGCAAGCGCGAUGGGCAAUAUUGACAUAUUUCUAGACACAGCUCUGGAACCUGCUGAAGUCCUGAGUCAACGGAGACAAGAUGCGCGAAUAGCCAUGCCUAUACCAAGAUCGAGGUCGCCCUUAAAAACACAUUUACAGUCCCCAGCCCGCAGACAUCCAUCACUGGGCAUAUCUUCUCCAGCCAAAGGAGGAUCCAGUGAGGCCGACGACACUAGCCCAGUUCGAAGGAAGUUGGAUUUUUCGACUGAAGAUAUAGAGAGCGAAACGAAACAGGCAGCUAGUACCCGUGCUCCCAAAGGCCGAGGGAGACCAGGGCGCCCAGCGCUGGGCAACCUUACGAAUGGCACUCGACUUUCACCUGGAAGACGUCCUCCACCAAGUUUCGACCAGAGUAGUGAUGCGGUGGAAAACCAAGACGAUAGUGCAUUGGAGCCCAAAGAUGAUUCGAUUCAAUUUAAUGCCCCAGAUGACGAUUAUGAUGAUGCUCCGGUCGAUGCGCUUGAGGGGAACUCGGAAAUAGAAGAAGAAGACGAAGAAGAGGAAGGAGGAGAGGAAGCGGAAGAAAGGGAAGAAGAGGCUGAACAAGAAGAUGAGCCGGAACUAGAGCCGGAACCAGAGCCGGAACCUUCUCCACCUGCCAAAACCACGAGCAAGAAUAAGGGGAAAGGUAGAGUAAUCGAGGAACCAGAACCAGAGCAGCCCGUGCCGAAGCGUAGAGGCAGGAAGCCGAAAAAUUCCGCACCUCCGGUCGAAGCUGCGGAGGAAGAAGGGCAAGAAAUAGAGGAAAGACCUGCCAAGAAAGUACGACGCUCCAACGAAGCUGUUGAAGCCCCAAAGCCUGCAAGGGGUCGACCUGGAAGACCUAGCAAUGCCACAAAAUCCGCCACAGCAUCUAAACCAGUGGCGAAACCAAAAGCUCAAGGUCGACCGAAGAUGGCUCCAAUACCUGAACUCGACUCGCCUUUAGUUCAUCGUGGCCCUCCUAUUCCUAGAAAUAAUGGCCUAUACAUUCUUCGGCGCGAGACGACAACGGCAGGCACGGGUAUGCAACGAACGCGAGCUGGCCGAAACUCGAUCAAGCCACUCGCGUUUUGGAAAGGCGAGCGGGUCGAGUAUGACGAUGAUGAAACGGUACCAGAUGGGACUCACGGCGCCAAGAUUCUGUUGCCUAGCAUCAAAGAAGUUAUUCGUGCAGAUGAAGUCGAGCAACAAAAACAGUCGAAAUCGAGGUCCUCAAAAACUUCCAAAAGUAAAGUGAAGAAGAGGGCGCGAGAGGAGGUCGAAGAAGAUUCGGAAACUGAGGAAUGGGAAUCCCAGCCUGGUCGUAUUGAAGGUUCAGUACGGACCUGGGAUCCAGAAGAUCAGGUUGGAGAAAAUGCUGCAGAGACACUGGAAGACCUUGCGUUUUCCUCUGCUGCAAUUAAGACUCGGGAUAUUCCAAAUGCUUCGUUCAAAUUCGCCAAAACCCUCACAUUACCAUUUUUUGGUUCAGGUAUGGUCGACCUGGAACCAGGCGCUGUUAAAAAGCCAAAAAACUCGAGGAAGAUGCAAAUGGUGUUUUUCGUCUUCUAUGGCCGGGUCGAAGUCUCGGUCAAUGGAACCACCUUCAGAAUUGGCAAAGGUGGAAUGUGGCAAGUUCCUCGAGGUAAGAAAAUAUAUACACUAAUCAAUCUUUCAUUCACUAGAAUACUAAUCCAGAGCAGGCAAUUUCUACAGCAUCACCAACGACUACGAUAAACCAGCGAGAAUAUUUUUUGCACAAGGUUGUGAAAUUGGGGACUCGGAAGGCGGGGUUGUUCCACCAGCAAGCCAAUAAUGUAUGGAUAAUGCAAUUGGUGUUUUGCUAUUUUUCCUCAUGUUUUUCGGGGUUGUGCCUUAACAUUUGUGGCGCGGCAAGGAGGAAAAUUGGGUUCAUGCUGUCACGUUUGGUUGUGGAGUUGAAUGUUGAAAGUUUUUUGAUGAUACCAUGCUUCUCAUUCAUUGACGGGCAGUUUCAUGUCGACGUCAAAAUGCACAAUAAUGUGUCCAUGCUCUAGGACAUAAGUAGCGUAUGAAUGGAUUAUAUCCAACCUUUGAAUCUCUUCCCUUGACUGUUU